AUGGCGGGGACGGUGGUGACGAAGAGCUUGAGCUGGGAGAUAGGCAACUUCUCGGAAAGAAAGAAUCCGAUGGCGUCGCGUCAAUUCUCAAGCGGCGGCUGUAAGUGGUAUGUUACGGUUGAUCCCGAAGGAUUCCUUGGCUGUGAUCACUUGACUCUGUUCCUGUGCGUUGGAGAUCGUAAUUCGUUAAAAAUAGGAUGGAAAAGGAGAGCUAUGUAUUGCUUUUUUCUGUUGAAUCAAUCCGGGGAAAACCUAUACAGUUCAUCUGGCCAAAUCAGAACGUUCUGUAAUGAGGCCUCAGGCUGGGGUGUCCAAACGACGGUGCCUCUUACCAAGCUCCGAGAGAAAGGGUUUCUGAAGAAGAACAAGCUAACCGUUCAAGUCUUCAUGAAAGUAGCAGAAGUUGUUCAUCAAGGGAAACCAACUGCGAAUGAUAUGUUGGAUUUCGGUAGAUUCCAGAUCACUGCUUCUCAAGCUUGUCGAUUUGCCGAAACUAUCGAACAACAUCCGGACUUUGCAGUAGAUGUCAUAGGAAAGAACCAAGAGCUGAAAACAGCACACAAGGAUCUCCUUCUCGGCCUUAUCGAGACGCUGAGCAAGUCUCCACAGAACCUGUCUGUUGCUGAACUAAGCAGUGCUCGGAGCCAAUUCACUGAGCUGACGGAAGCCGGUUUCAAGCUCGACUGGUUGAAGCCAAAGCUAAAGGAGGAUUCCUUGGAGAGGAAGGAAGCACUUCCUGAUGGAUCUUCGGUGCAAGAACUCGAGGAACGGCUUAAAAAAAUGGAAUUGACUCUGUGUGAUCUCGAAGCUAAACUGGAAGAGCACGAGAAGAUCAAAUCCGCUGCUGCUGCUAGAGUUUAUUCGUUUGAGUUCUUAGACUUUUUCAUUACGAGAAUCUUUCUCUCUUGCUUCUCAAUCUCAAAGCAUUGA